CCUGCCCCCACCCCAGACUCUUAUCCCCCUGAGAAAUCAGAGCUUCCUCCGCAGAUGUUUAACCAGCUGAUGAAGCAGGUGAUGGACCUCACCAUCGACACGGAGGAGCGCCUCAAAGGCGUGGUUGACCUGGUUUUUGAAAAAGCCAUCGAUGAGCCCAGCUUCUCUAUGGCCUAUGGCAAUAUGUGCAGCUGCCUGGCUAUGUUAAAAGUGCCCAUGGCAGACAAGCCCACCAGCACUGUGAGUUUCCAAAAGCUGCUGCUGAACCGCUGUCAGAAGGAGUUUGAGAAGGACAAGGUCAACGAUGAUGUUUUGGAGAAGCUGCGGCACCAGCUGGAAGCGGCCACUUCAGCCAGCGAGCGGGAGAGGCUGGAGGAGGAUCUGGAGGAGGCGAAGGACAAGGCCCACAGGAGGUCCAUCGGCAACAUCAAGUUCAUCGGGGAGCUGUUCAAGCUGCACAUGCUGUCGGAGGCCAUCAUGCACGACUUCAUAGUCAAGCUGUUCCUGAACCACAACGAGGAGAGCCUGGAGCGUCUGUGCCACCUCCUCACAGCCAUCGGCAAAGACCUGGACUUGGAGAAGGCCAGGCCAAAAAUGGAUCACUACUUUAAAUAUAUAGAAAAGACAAUGAAGGAGAGGAGGGCUUCCUCACGCAUUCGGUUCCUGCUCCGGGACGUCAUCGACCUUGACUGCAUAACUGGGUGUCGUGGCGAGCUGACCACGGGCCCAAGACCAUCGAGCAAAUCCAUAAGGAGGCCAAACUUGAGGAGCAGGAGGAGCAGAGGAAGGUGCACCAGCAGCUGCUGUCCAAGCAAAACAAGAGGCAAAGGUGUGGCCCUCAAAUCCGUGACAGCCUUUUUCACCUGGCUGUGUGAGGCCGAGGACAGGUCCAAGGACAAUUGACAGGAGGAUGGACAUAUUUGCCAACGUGUGCUAAAAGACAAUACAAUAAUUCAAAACAAUAAUAAAACUGUGUGACAAAGAAACAAAAGUUCUGACUCUAAUGUAUUUUUGCUUUUUCCUUUAUGAACUGCAGUUAAAACUAAAUGUAACAUUUGCAGAUGUUCCAAACAAAAGGCAGAGAUGAAUAUAGAAAUAUUAUUAUUUAUUUUUAUUUUAUUCUUCCUUGGCUUCUCCUGAAUUCAGAUAGGCUCUGCCCAUUAGAUUUAACUUUUUUUGUUUGUUUGUUUUUGUUUUUGCUAAUUUCAUACCAGUCCUAGGAUUUUCACACAAUCUGAGUGAAAUUUGUGUCAAAAUAUUUGAAUCUGAAUCUGAGUCUGAAUCUCAAUAAUUAUUUAAACAAAAACCUGACAUAAAAAAUACAGCUGUCCUAUUCCAGUCUAAUAGUAGUACAAAGUAGUAGUACAAAGGUCAGGCUUUAACUUUAACUAGCUGUCACUCCUGAAGGACAUGAUCAGAUUUCAUGAAAUUUAAAAGACUUAUACCAGUAUUGACUUUGAGGUAGCUUACCAAAUGUAGCAGUUUUGUCAAUAUGGGGCAUUAUAAUAUGCAAAUAACUGUUUCUCAACAACUGUUCUUCUGAUCAAGAUGAAAUUUUGCAUACUGCUUCUGUAAGCAAGCUGGAAGAUUCCUAAGGAUGACUCAAACAUUGGCUAAUGUUUUUCAGGUAAUUGGCUAAUCAUAGAACUGGCUUCAGUGGACUGCUAUAACAUUGAUUCUUGUAGAAAUUACUUUGAA